CAAAAUUGAAAGAAAGUUGAAUUUAUUCACAACAAAGUACUACACAACACAACAGCAUAGAAAAAGCUCAGCAUAUGAAAAGAAAAGAGAUCCAUAUCAAGAUGAAAAAGUCCCCACAGAAAAGUGAAUAAAAUACUCACAAAAGGAUGAGAGAGAAACAAACAAACAAUUCCAUUUUCAUUUCAACAAAAUCACGACCCAGCAAGCAGUACAAAAAAAGAAUCAAUCUCUCAACUGCGUGCAAACUCGCUCACUCACUCGCUCGCUCACUCACUCGUUCACUAACUCACUAACUCGUGAAUGGCGAAGAGCAAUGAAGAACCACCAAAUUCGAAUCUGAGCAUCAACAAACCACCGUUGAAGAAGACGAAAACACUCUCCUCUCUCAAUCUCAGAGUCUCCGUCGCCGCCGAUAAUGGAAUCGGAAAUUCAUCUUCUUCAUCUUCAACCAAAACCGAUUUCGAACAACAGCAAUGGAACUAUCCUUCCUUUCUCGGCAUUGGCUCCACCUCCAGAAAAAGACGACCGCCUCCUCCUCCCAAACCUUCCAACCUAAAACCUCCCGCCUCCGCCUCCGACUUCCAAACCAAACCUCACUCCGAACCUAAAACCUCUUCCUCUUCCUCUUCGCCAUCUUCUAUCGCCGUCACCAAACAACAACAACAACAACACUCUAUCUCUUCUCCAGUCUUCUAUCUGUUCAUUAUCACAUGUGUUAUUUUUGUGCCAUAUUCAGCUUAUCUACAAUACAAGCUUGCCAAACUCAAGGAUAUGAAACUUCAACUUUGUUGUCAAAUUGAUUUUUGUUCUGGGAAUGGAAAAACAUCUUUACAAAAAGAUGUUGUUGAUGAUGUUGAUGAUGGUUCCUUUUCUUAUAACAUUCUGAAUGCAGAUAGUAGAACAAUUUCUUUGUAUAUUGUGCUUUUCACCCUUGUUUUGCCUUUUGUAUUGUACAAAUAUAUUGAUUAUCUUCCUCAAAUGAUUAAUUUCUUGAGGAGAACCAAUGGUAAUAAGGAGGAUGUACCAUUAAAGAAGAGAGUUGCUUAUAAUGUAGAUGUGUUUUUCUCCAUAUAUCCUUAUGCAAAGCUGCUUGCACUUCUUUUUGCAACUCUCUUUCUUAUAGCAUUUGGUGGUUUAGCGUUGUAUGCGGUUACUGGCGGUAGCAUGGCUGAAGCACUCUGGCAUUCAUGGACUUAUGUAGCUGACGCAGGAAAUCAUGCUGAAACGGAAGGAAUGGGCCAGAGAAUCGUCUCUGUCUCAGUUAGCGCAGGUGGCAUGCUUAUAUUUGCCAUGAUGCUUGGGCUUGUUUCGGAUGCUAUAUCUGAGAAGGUCGAUUCACUUAGAAAAGGGAAGAGUGAAGUGAUUGAAAGAAACCAUGUACUCAUCCUUGGGUGGAGUGACAAACUGGGCUCACUCUUGAAGCAGCUAGCAAUAGCAAAUAAGAGUGUUGGUGGUGGUGUUAUUGUGGUCCUUGCUGAAAAGGAAAAGGAGGAAAUGGAAAUGGAUAUAGCCAAGCUAGAAUUUGAUUUCAUGGGGACGUCUGUAAUAUGUAGAAGCGGCAGUCCACUUAUACUGGCUGACUUAAAGAAGGUUUCAGUUUCAAAGGCACGUGCAAUCAUUGUUUUAGCUUCAGACGAAAAUGCAGAUCAGAGUGAUGCACGUGCUUUAAGAGUUGUUCUUAGCUUAACUGGUGUAAAGGAGGGCUUAAGGGGGCAUGUUGUUGUGGAGAUGAGUGACCUUGACAAUGAACCCCUAGUGAAACUUGUUGGUGGGGAACUCAUUGAAACAGUUGUUGCACAUGAUGUAAUUGGACGUUUGAUGAUUCAAUGUGCUCUGCAGCCUGGCCUUGCACAGAUAUGGGAGGACAUUCUGGGAUUUGAGAAUGCUGAAUUUUACAUAAAAAGAUGGCUUGAAUUGGAUGGUCUUGUUUUCAAAGACAUACUAAUUUCAUUUCCGGAUGCAAUACCCUGUGGGGUUAAGGUUGCUGCAGAUGGAGGGAAAAUUGUCAUAAAUCCAGAUGAUAAUUAUGUUUUGAGAGACGGUGAUGAGGUCCUUGUCAUAGCUGAGGAUGACGACACCUAUGCUCCAGGCUCUCUGCCAGAGGUACGCAAGGGCUAUUUCCCCAGGUUACGGGACCCCCCUAAGUAUCCAGAAAAAAUAUUAUUUUGUGGCUGGCGCCGUGACAUUGAUGAUAUGAUCAUGGUUUUAGAAGCAUUCUUGGCCCCUGGUUCAGAACUCUGGAUGUUCAACGAGGUUCCUGAAAAGGAAAGAGAGAGGAAACUUGCUGCUGGUGAACUUGACGUUUUUGGGCUAGAGAACAUAAAGCUUGUCCACAGAGAGGGAAAUGCUGUCAUUAGGCGGCACCUGGAGAGUCUUCCAUUGGAGACUUUUGAUUCUAUCCUUAUUCUUGCAGAUGAGUCAGUGGAGGAUUCUGUCGCUCAUUCCGACUCAAGAUCCCUAGCUACCCUUCUGCUCAUUCGUGAUAUACAGUCGAGACGUCUACCAUACAGAGACACAAAGUCAACUUCUUUGAGGUUAUCCGGGUUCUCUCACAACUCAUGGAUCCGUGAAAUGCAGCAUGCUUCAGAUAAAUCAAUUAUAAUUAGUGAAAUUUUGGAUUCUAGGACUAGAAAUCUAGUUUCUGUGUCCAGAAUCAGUGAUUAUGUAUUAUCUAAUGAGCUGGUUAGCAUGGCACUAGCUAUGGUGGCUGAAGACAAGCAAAUCAACCGUGUUCUUGAGGAAUUAUUUGCAGAGGAGGGGAACGAGAUGUGUAUUAAACCUGCAGAGUUCUAUUUAUUUGAUCAGGAGGAGCUAUGUUUUUAUGAUAUAAUGAUUAGAGGUCGUACCAGGAAGGAAAUCGUUAUAGGAUAUCGCCUGGCCAGCCAAGAGCGUGCUAUCAUCAACCCUUCAGAAAAGUCAGUGACAAGAAAAUGGUCACUUGAUGAUGUUUUUGUUGUUAUUGCCUCAGGAGAAUGACAGAAUGAAAGGAAUAGUAUCAUUCUUGUUCGUUAUGUAUGUUCCGUCUUCAUCAGAUUCAUGCAUGCAUAUGACAUUAUGACCCUUCCUUUGUCUCCCCAUUUAACUUGCCAAAAUGUACUGACAGUGGCAGCUAGUUAACUGUUGAUAGCAGUUGGGAAUUUGAAGACUCCUUAAACUUAGAAGGAACUAGGGUUUUACCGGUUCGAAAAUUCCUCAAGAUAAUGGUUUAUUCUGUAACUUAAUGUGGAUUAUUGUAUCUGUAACAUUACUGUAACUUGUAAAAUAAGCUUUCAGAAGUAGAUGUAGGUGACUAGGCAGGUCUAGGACAAGUUCAAGUUGCGGAGGAUAAAACAUGUUUAGAAACUUUGAACUCAAUGAGAGUGAGAAAGAUGUUGUAGUUGUACUGAUUCAAAGAGGUCUAUAUAUAUAUGAUUCACUUUCAAACAA